AUGCGACUCUUGCGGCCCACCGAAACCCUUCCGCUCUAUCAACAAGACCUCGACGGUGAUCAUUCCCGCACAAUCACCCGGAUAAGAAGGCUUUGGCGAUCGAUGCCCCGGUACAUUCGGACGGUGUUGCCGUUGUUCUGCUUGGCCACCUUCUUUGCACUCGUCUACGCACUUGGCUCAUCACUGCCCACUGAAAGCAUCGAGACAAAUGAAGCCGAUUUUCAAAAGUUCCAGAGAAAAGAGCCAAAUAUCCCACAGGAUUACGCGCAACCUAACGAACAUGUAGCUGGAGUUGACAACAGUGCCGCCGGAGUUGACGAGAGCAAUGGCAAAAGCGAAGAAGGAGCAAUAAAAUUCACAGGCCCCAAAAACGAUCGCCAAAAAGCAGUUGCUGGUGCCUUUAAACAUGCCUGGGAUGGAUAUAAAAAAUACGCUUGGGGACAUGAUCAGUUGAAGCCGCAAACUCGUACCUAUUCGGAUUGGUUCGAUACGGGUUUAACGAUCACCGAUGCCUUGGACACAGCGAUCAUUAUGGGCUUGGAAGAUGAAGUUCGAGAAGGAACUGAAUGGAUUGAGAAAUCGUUGAGCUUUGAUAAGGAUCGCUAUGUGAAUCUCUUUGAAAUCACAAUUCGUGUUAUGGGAGGAUUGCUAACGAGUUUUCAUCUAACAGGCAAUAAGAUGUUCGUAAUACGUGCAGAGGAUCUCGCUGAUAGAUUGCUUGGCGCUUUCACCGGCUCAAAGUCUCCAGUUCCAUUCAGCGAUGUGAAUUUGAAAACGAGAGCCGCUCGUGGUCCUUCUUGGAGCUCCGAAAGCAGUCUCUCUGAAGUCAGCACUUUGCAAAUGGAAUUCCGUGAUUUGAGUCGAAUUACUGGAAACGCAACUUUUGAGAAAACGGCUUUCAAAGUCUCCGAACACAUUCACGAAAUUGGAUGUGCUGCACAUGACGGUCUUUGUGAGAUGUUUAUCAAUGCGAACACUGGGAGAUUCAGAGAGAAGACAACAAUUACUUUUGGAGCUCGUGCGGACAGUUACUACGAAUAUUUGUUGAAACAAUGGGUUCAAACAGGGAAAACGAUUGAAUGGUUGGCCUCCGAUUACCAAGAAGCAAUGGCUUCAAUGGACAAGAAAAUGGUUAGAUUGAGUGAACCAAACAAGUUGCUCUAUGUUGGUGAACUACUGCCACCGUCAGAUUCAUUUUCACCAAAAAUGGACCAUCUUGUUUGCUUUUUAUCGGGAACUCUUGGCCUUGGAACUAAAAAUGGGAUGCCACCAAGACAUAUGGAGAUUGCUGAGGGUCUUGCUGCUGCUUGUCAUGCCAUGUACCAAACACCGACUGGUUUGGCUCCGGAAAUCGCUUACUUCAACAUGAACAAGGAACAACAAAGUGACCUAUCGAUUAAGCCAUUGGAUGCUCAUUGUCUCCUUCGCCCAGAAGCAGUCGAAGCCUGGUUUUACAUGUAUCGAUUCACGGGUGACAAGAAAUAUCAAGACUGGGGCUGGGAAGCUUUUGAGGCCAUCGAAAAGUACGCAAAGCUGGAUGUCGGCUACUCGAGUGUGAACAGUGUGAAGAAAAUUCCAGUGACUUACAAGAAUAUGAUGGAAUCGUUCUUCUUGGCCGAGACGUUGAAAUACUUGUACCUUCUGUUCGACGACGAAAAGGAGCUGAUUCCACUUGACAAAUGGGUUUUCAACACAGAGGGACAUCCAUUGCCAAUCUACAAAAAU